AUGGCGUUCCGGUAUCGUCGCGAGGGGCAAUUCACCAAGUUCCGCGUGCACUUCGACCGCAGCGGUUUUCGGCCCUACAUCGAUGAGCUCAAGUGGGAGAUAAUGGAUUGGCAUUACCAGCGCGCCAUGGGCCUGCAAAUGAAGAAAACUCUGAUGAGCUACCAAGAAGGGUCUGAGAAGCUGCAGUACAUGCACGACAUCAUUGCCUUGGGGACUGCGGAAGCGAAGUUCCCCCAUCCGACGAAGCGUUUCUUUUUCACCCCCGCGCUGCCUCUGACAAUCCCGUACCGGCGGUCUUCGAAUCCCUUUUGUCUUCUUUCCGCCAACAAGACAGGCUGGCGGCAGUGGACGCCGAAACUGCGGGUGCCGUUCCCGCAGCCCCUCGGCAAACGCAAGGUCGGAGGCACAGAUCCCCAGCCGCCUGUCUUCCCGAAGGGCACGUAA